AUGGCUGACUACAUGCUCAGUUCGCGCCAUGGUUGUCAUAUCACGUGGAGUACGGUAUCAUCGCUUGUACCGAGCUUAAAUGCUGCCAUUCCAUCGCAAGAUAACGUCAACAACGGGGCAAUCGCCGUGACCAAUGCGGAACCUGUUGACUUCGCAAAACAAGCUGGCGCCGACGUUAGGUAG